CGCGCGCAUUCAGUGCAGGAAGUUGAGCAAAUUCUUUCUUUCACCUGAUUUUUAAAAAAUAUAUAAUUAAUGCAAGCAACACGGCUCACCACAUUAUAAACAAUGGCUGAAUGGAAUGCCUAUUUUCGGGGGGAUGAGGACGAGGAUGUGGAGCAAGAGGAAGGAGAGGAGGGCGGAGGCGAAUAUAAAAGCACUGGGCGCGACAGCCUUGUUUUCCUGGUGGACGCAUCGAAAGAGAUGUUUGUGAAAGGGGAGGAUGGAGAGUCUUCCAACUUUGACAUGACGAUGCAGUGCGUGCGCAGUGUGUACAUGAGCAAGAUCAUCAGCAGUGACAGAGACCUGGUCGCGCUGGUCUUCUUCGGCACAGAGAAGAGCAAAAACCCAGGGGACUCUUUUAAGCAUGUUUACAUCUACCAUGAUCUCGAUUCACCUGGGGCGCGGCGUGUGCAUGAUAUCGACUGCCUGAUGGGCGGGAAGGGUGCCCAGCUGGCGGCGGAGCAGAUGGGCAGCGGCGCCACUUCCCUGGGGGACGCCCUGUGGUGCUGCGCCAACCUGUACAGCGACAUCAAGCUGCGGCUCUCGCACAAGCGCCUCAUGAUCUUCACCUGUCGCGACACGCUGCACGGUGGAGACAGCAAGCUGGAUACGAAGGCGCGCACCAAGGCCUCGGACCUCAAAGAGACAGGUGUGAUCAUCGACCUGAUGCACUUGAAGAAGCCGGGCGGCUUUGAUGUGGGCCAGUUCUUUUGCGACAUCGUGAGUCCUCCUGAGGACGAGAGCGAGCUGGGGGUUCAAAUGGAGCCUUGUGGGAAGCUGGAGGACCUCCAGAAGAGAGUCAGAGCCAAGGAGAUGAAGAAGAGGGCCCAGAGCAGGCUUAUGCUGUCCUUGGGAGAGGGAAUGAAGGUGGCCGUGGGUGUGUAUGUGACAGCGCGAACUGCCAUGAAGCCCCCAUCCGUACUGCUGUACAGGGACACGAACGAGCCGGUCCGCACCAAGACCCGCCACUUCCACACACAGACCGGCAGCCUUCUGUUGCCCAGCGACACUAGAAGAGCACAGACCUAUGGACAGAAGCAGAUUGUGAUGGAGAAAGACGAGACGGACGAGAUUAAGAAGUUUGACGACCCGGGCCUGGUCCUGAUGGGCUUCAAGCCCAUGAGCCGCCUGAAGCUUCACCACCAUAUCAAGCCCUCGGUCUUCAUUUAUCCAGAGGAAGAGCAGGUCUCAGGUAGCUCCUGUGUGUUUUUGGCCCUGCUGCGGCGCUGUAGUGAGAGAAACCUGUUUGCGGUGUGCAGGUACAUCCCCCGCCGCAACACGCCGCCUCGCUUUGUGGCUCUGCUGCCCCAGAGAGAGGAGACGGACCAGGGCCGUGCCCAGGUCACACCCCCAGGUUUCCAUGGCAUCUUCUUGCCUUACGCUGACGACAUCCGCACUCUGGAUGUUCAUCAGGGUCCCUCUGCCACUGACGAACAGAUCGACAAAAUGAAGGAGAUCGUACAUAAGCUUCGCUUCAAGUACAGGUCUGAUGCCUUUGAAAACCCAUCACUGCAGACCCACUUCAGGAAUUUGGAAGCUCUGGCCCUGGAUCUCAUGCAACCAGAAGAUAUUGAAGACUUCACCAUGCCCAAGGUGGACAUGAUGGAUGCGCGUCUUGGUCCACUGACCCAGGAGUUCAAGGAUCUAGUUUACCCUCCCGGCUACAACCCAGAAGGGAAACCUGCAGCCAAGCGCAAACCUGCUGACUCGGGUGGUGGUGGGGUGGAUAAGAAGCCCAAAGUGGAGGUUUCUGAGGAGGACCUUCGUGCCCACGUGACGAACGGCACCCUGGGAAAGCUCACCGUGCCAGUCCUAAAGGACGCCUGCAAACUGUUUGGAGUCCGCACCACGGGAACCAAGAAACAGGAGCUCAUCGACGCCAUCACUGCGGCUGUCACCAAGUAGAGGGCAGUUAAAGACAUCUGGAAAUGUAUUAGGUACUUAUUGGCACAUAACUGGGCAAAUUACUGUAGGGUAACAUUUCAAGUUUUCAUGUAGGUUUAUUUGUUUGGGAGAUGGUUAAAAUAAGCCUAUUGACAGAAGGCAAGAAAAUAAUGAAAAAACUCAGUAAUUCAAAUGUCAUUGGAAAGAUUAUUGUUCAUGUUGGUUCUACCGUGGCCUAAUAGUAGGGCACUGGGCCACUACACCGGCGGCCCGGGUUUGAUUCUGGCCCGGGUCAUUUGCCAUCCUUCCCGGACCCUCUCCCCACUCAUUUCCUGUCCAUCCUGUCCAUCAGUUGUAAUGUCUCAAAAAUAGUAAAAAAAAGACAAAAAAACGAAAGAUGAUUUGUAUUAAAACGUCAAAACAUGCUCAAUCAACUCCCUCCCUACAGCUGUUGCCAAAUAGAGGCAUGAGGAAAGUGUUAGGCACUUACUGUUAGGUGACAUUUUCAGGUUUCAUGUUGGUUUGUUUGUUUGGAAGAUGGUUAAAAUGUUCCAAAAAAAAGAAGAAAGAAUGAAAAGAGAAAACGUUGUGUCGCAGAUGUCAUUGCUAAGCUGUUGUGGUUAUUAUAAUAAAAUGACAAAACAUGCUCUUAAUUCA